AAAACUUUCAGAAGGUCUGCCGUAAGGCACAUUCUUCCACUUGCAGAGGAGGGGGGUGGAAGUGGAGGCUUUGUAGCCCUGGCUUUCCCCCUCCAUGUGCAUACCAGAGACAGAAAAAAAAAAACAAAGCCACGCAGAGCUGCGACUCCCAGAAGCAGCAAAAACAUCACUGGAGGGGAUUUUUCUCCAGACUCUCCUACUCAGAGGGAUGUCACAUUUUUGGGACAAACACAGAGGUCCACGGCGUCACAUCUCACCCCUGUUUUUGGCUUGUAUUAUGAAGGGGUGGUGCAUGUGAGCCAGAGAUCCUGUUACAGACAUCCAGACUUUUCCAACUUUUUUUUUUUUUUUAUGGGAGUGGGGGAGGGCGAAGCUUCAACUUUCGUCUCCCGUCUUUCCCCAAAACACCUCAAAUGGCGUUUUUCAGCUGCUUUUUCCCCUGCUUGAGGACAUUUUCAGAGGUUUUUAGUAAUGAGGAAAUUCUGGGACAUUGUGGGAAAAGCGCACGAGGAUCGCAGAUUUAAAAAGUUUGAAAGGACUUGGAAACCGUUCUAAAUGCGUCUUGGCGUUUUUCCUCCAACCAUGUUGCGUUUGGAUUCAGUGCUGAAGACGAUUGUAUGGACCAGUGAGUGAGGGUUUUGAUCAGCGGAGCUCCAGGAGUUGUAGUUUUUUUUUUCCACAGCAGAAUUCUACACCAUCAAGAUGUCUUCCCAUGGCUGGAGCCCCAUUGUUAGAGUUUACGGGAUGCUUAGCGUCUGGGCCGCCUGGCUUUUGGGCUGCAGGGCGGCAUUUGCCCCGAAUGGGACCGUAUUUGAGGAUAUUUGCAAAAAAACGACAACUUGCGAGGUCCUUAAAUACAACACUUGUUUGGGAUCUCCUUUACCGUACAGCCACACUUCUCUGAUCCUGGCGGAGGACUCCAGCAGCCAGGAGGAAGUUUUUGAGAAACUCACCAUGUGGUCUGGUUUACGUAAUGCUCCUCGGUGUUGGUCAGUCAUCCAGCCGCUGCUCUGUGCCAUCUACAUGCCAAAAUGCGAGAAUGGUCAAGUUGAGUUGCCCAGCCAGAGUCUGUGCUUGGCGACACGUCGGCCUUGCAGCAUCGUGGAUCAGGAGAGAGGCUGGCCAACCUUCCUCAAGUGUGAUCAGUUCCCCGUAGGCUGUUCGAAUGAGGUGCAGAAGCUGAAGUUCAACACGUCGGGUCAGUGUGAAGCUCCUCUGGUGAAGACAGACAUCCAGUCCAGCUGGUACAAGGAUGUGGAGGGCUGUGGAAUCCAGUGUGACAACCCGCUAUUCACCCAAGACGAGCACAACGAUAUGCAUGCUUACAUCGCUUACUUCGGCACCAUCACCCUCCUAUGCACUUUCUUCACCCUGGCCACAUUUCUUGCUGACUGGAAAAACUCCAACCGCUACCCGGCUGUCAUUCUCUUCUAUAUCAACGCCUGCUUCUUUGUGGGCAGCAUCGGCUGGCUGGCCCAGUUCCUGGACGGCGCCCGCAAAGAGAUUGUGUGCAAGAGCGACAACACCAUGCGACUCGGGGAGCCCUCAUCCUCGGAAACGCUGUCGUGCGUCACAAUCUUCAUCAUCGUCUACUACUCUCUGAUGUCAGGGGUGAUCUGGUUUGUCAUGCUGACCUACGCCUGGCACACGUCCUUCAAAGCGCUGGGCACCACGCACCAGCCGCUGUCUGGUCGAACCUCCUACUUCCACAUGGUCACCUGGUCCGUGCCUUUUGUGCUCACCGUGGCCAUCCUUGCCAUCGCUGAGGUGGAUGGGGAUUCUGUCAGUGGGAUCUGCUUUGUCGGAUACAAGAACUACAAGUACCGGGCUGGAUUUGUUCUGGCGCCUAUUGGAAUGGUGCUUUUAGUUGGUGGCUACUUUCUUAUUCGGGGUGUGAUGACAUUAUUUUCCAUCAAGAGUAACCACCCAGGCCUGCUAAGCGAGAAAGCAGCCAGUAAAAUCAAUGAGACAAUGUUGAGACUUGGGAUAUUUGGAUUUCUUGCGUUUGGAUUUGUUUUCAUCACCUUUGGAUGCCAUUUUUAUGACUUCUUCAACCAGGCUGAAUGGGAGAAGAGCUUCAGGGAAUACGUGCUGUGUGAAGCCAACGUGACAAUUGCCUCUCAAACCAACAAGCCCAUCCCAGAAUGCACCAUUAAAAACCGUCCCAGCCUGAUGGUGGAAAAGAUCAACCUUUUCUCCAUGUUUGGAACUGGAAUAGCCAUGAGCACGUGGGUGUGGACUAAAGCUACCAUCCUCAUCUGGAAACGCACCUGGUUCAAGAUCCUUGGCCGCAGUGAUAAUGAACCCAAAAGGAUUAAGAAGAGCAAGAUGAUAGCCAAAGCUUUUGCAAUGAGGAAGGAGCUCCACAAGGACCCAGAGAAGGAGCUGUCCUUCAGCAUGCACACGGUGUCCCAUGAUGGGCCAGUGGCUGGAAUUAACUUCGACAUAAACGAGCCGUCCAAUGACGUGUCAUCUGCAUGGGCGCAGCAUGUGACCAAAAUGGUGGCAAGACGAGGUGCCAUCCUACCUGAGGACAUUUCUGUCACUCCUACUGGUACACCGGUACCCCCUCCAGAGGAGAGAAACAGGCUAUGGUUGGUUGAAGCGGAGAUUUCACCGGACAUGAUAAAGAGAAAGAAGAAGAAAAAGAAGAAGAGGAGGAAGGAGGUGCGCCCGGCUGAAGAGGUGGCAGAUCCCCAGCCUUAUCCCCAGCGGGAGUUCGGCCGCAGCUCCGUGCCUCGGCUUCCUAAACUCCCCUGCAACUCCAGCCUGGUCGGCAACCUGCACCGACAGCAGAGGGAGCAGCAGAAAAUGGAGGAGGAAGUCCUGCCGGGGUCUUGUCCGGACUUCCCACCUUCACACCCUCUUUCCUACGAGGAGAGAUGCCCCUACCUGCAAUGCCAGGACACGUGGAACAGGCAGCACAGCAGCCUGAUGUCCAACGCCAUGACACGUGUCAGCUGUUCAGACGGCGUGGGUCUUAGGCCUCGCUGGCAGCCCUCAACUUCAAACCGGCAGCUCGGUGGCUCUGCUUUUCACCUGGCACAGGCGGACCUCACUGAUGGACUGGCAGAAAGAAUGGCUCACGUGGCUCGGGUACCAGCAGGCAGGAUGGCUGGUUAUGGACCCGUGCAUUCCAGGACCAAUUUAAUGGAAGCAGAGCUCAUGGAUGCAGACUCUGACUUCUAAGAGCACAGAGUUUCUAAAAGUGCUCAGAGGUACAUAGGUAUUAAGCUAGAAAAAGUGCUGGAUACUUUCACACUUAUUUCUAAGAGUUUCUUAGGUUUUCAAGAUGAAAAACAAAGCUCUAGAAGGGAUAAAACCGAUAAAAAUGUACUUUUUAUGUGUCUAUCAACAUUUUAAAGGCAACUCUGAGAAUAGAGCAAGGCAGCUAAACUGUUCUUGGCUUGAGAAUAUAUAUAUAUAUAUAUAUAUUCUCUUAAAAAUAGAACACAAUAAUCUAGAUCCUACCUGUUAUCUGGAUGUUUGGGCAAUUCUAGCCAACAACAGUAAAGUCUUUCUGUCAGUAAUUCCACAUUUCUGAGAGACGUCAGAAAAACCACAAUUCCUUUUAGGCAUUUGCCUUUUAUUGUUGUAUGCUUCUUGUGUAUCACUGUUAUUCCGUCUGUAAAAUACUCAUUUUUACAUGAAGUUUGCAGUAAACAUAAGCAACACAUUGACAUAAAUGCAUUCAAAGUUGUUAGAUUUUUUUUUUUUAAAUCUACCCAUAAACUCAACAGUUGUGUGUGUGUGGAAAAACAACAGAAAAGCUUAUAGAACAAAUUUUAGAUUGCGUCACAAUAAUGAGACUUCCUCCAACUUGAAUGUAGGAGUCACAGGAACUGCUGCUGCAUCUGAGUAGCUUCUAUACUUCAUUCUAAUCGUCACUCUUUUGCCUGGUGCAAUGAUGAUAAUGAAUUAUUUAGGUUUGCUUUUCCUAAAGAAAACCAUUGAAUACAAUGUUGUUUCAACUUAUCUGUAUGUAAAUAUUUAAAUAUCAUAUUUUUGAAGCAUUUCUUGAGUUUUGUAUCACCUUGGAUGUCAUAAAAAGACAUUUGUUAAGUACAUUUUACCCCUUAAAACUAUUUUUCUCCUACUAAGUCUUGUUUUUGUACAUUUUUUGUUCAAAGAUUUUUCUAUAUAACUGUAUUUUGUAAAAUUUUGGAAAUCAAGUUAAGAUAAAGUUGGGUUUUUGUUUUGUUUUGCUUUUUAACCAAAAUGUCAGUAUAAAAUAUGUUUUGUUUGUUUAUGCUUACAGUGCUACUUCUAAGGCCAUCACAAACCACCCAGAACGCCUGAUAUGUUCAUGUAAAAUACAUAUGAGAGAUUUAUUUAUGUGAUCACUGUGGUGACUUUCACAACAAAACAAAAUAGAUUAGGCCCACCACUGAAGUUUAUUUGAAAAUAACCUGAAAUAUUGAGAAUAUUGUGUUUCAAAAGUUUCCUUUUUUAAAUUGUGGUUAAAAUUUUUUCCAAAACAUUGUUGUUACUGUUUUUUUAUUUCCACAACCUUGUUAAAGAAUGUCAUUGUGCAGUUGUAUUUUGUUUUUUGUCAAUAAAGAUAUUUUCAUGGUUU